GGGGGCGCGCUUCCUAUUGCCCCGCCCUGCGGGGCGGUGCCAUUUCCAGCUCCCUCGCCGGCAGGGAGGAGGGAGCCUGCGGAUUGUAGAGGCGGCGGCGGCUCCGCGAGGUGCACUGUGGGUCCCCCUCCUGACCCUGCCUCGCUAUGGCGCUGUCGCGCGCGGAGCGCUGCCUCGUGCUGCUGCUGCGGCUCCUGUCGCGCGCGUUCCUCAUGCUGCUAAGCCUGGCGGCGCGCGCUUCCGCGGCGCUCGCCCCCGGCCCCCGCACGUUGCCCCCGCUGGCCGGGGCGCCCCCCACGCGCUGCGUGCCACCGCCGGGCCAGCCGCUGCUGCAGCUGUCGGCCGGGCAGCUGGCUCGGCGCAUCCGCCGCCGGGAGGUAAAAUGCACUGAUGUUGUUCAGGCUUAUAUCAAGAGGAUCGAGGAGAUAAACCCGCUUGUCAAUGCAGUUGUCAAGGACAGGUUCGAUGCAGCCCUUCAGGAGGCCCAGCAUGUUGACAAACUGCUCUCGGAAGGCCAUGGAGAUGAAGAUUCCCUGCAGGAAAAAUUUCCCUUCCUGGGGGUUCCUUUCACCGUCAAGGAGGCCUUCGCGCUGCAUGGGAUGCCCAACACCUCUGGCCUGGUUAGCCGUCGCAACUUGAUCUCCACGUCAGAUGCUCUGGUGGUGUCGCGGUUAAAGCAAGCUGGUGCAAUUCCACUGGGUGUGACCAAUUGCAGUGAGCUGUGCAUGUGGUAUGAAUCUAGCAACAAUGUGUACGGCAGAACGAACAACCCAUAUGACCUGCAAAGGAUCGUGGGUGGCAGCUCAGGUGGUGAGGGCUGCGUCCUGGGAGCUGCCUGUUCCGUAAUCGGGGUGGGCUCAGAUAUCGGCGGCAGCAUUCGGAUGCCUGCUUUUUUCAAUGGAAUCUUUGGACAUAAACCCACCACAGGGGUGGUCCCCAAUGAUGGUCAGUUCCCCAAUGCUCUGGGGGUACGGACGGAGUUCCUGUGCACGGGUCCCAUGUGUCGCUAUGCUGAGGACCUGGAGCCCAUGUUGAGGGUCAUGGCUGGGCCUGGAGUCAGAAAGCUGAAGCUGGAUGAAAAAGUGUCACUGGAGAAAGUAAAAUUCUACUGCAUGGAGCAUGAUGGGGGUUCAGUUUUCGUGUCCCCUGUGGACAGGGAAAUUCUUCAGGCCCAGAGAAAGGUGGUGGAGCACCUGGAGACUCGGUUUGGGGUCCAAGUUCAGCACGUAACAAUCCACAAGAUGAAGUACGCUUUCCAGAUCUGGUCUGCUAUGAUGUCUUCCCGGGACAGUGAUGGGCAGGAAGCACAGCUGUUCACAGACCUGCUUGGGGAUCAUGGGAAGCCUGUAUGGCCGCUGUGGGAGCUGAUGAAAUGGUUCCUGGGGAUGUCUUUGCACACCAUCCCAGCCAUUGCCCUGGCACUGACAGAGAAGCUGAUGAAACUCAACCCUGGUGGGAAUGCCAAGCUGGUGAGCAUGGGACACAGCCUGCGGACUGAGAUGAUGAACUUGCUGGGGACUGAUGGGAUGCUUUUGUACCCUUCCCACCCCAUAGUGGCACCUAAGCACUACUCUCCCUUGGGGAUGCCUUUCAACUUCGCGUAUACAGCUGUUUUCAAUGUCCUGGGCUUGCCUGUCACCCAGUGCCCACUGGGCUUGAGCAGUGAGGGACUUCCGUUGGGAAUUCAAGUCGUGGCAGGCCCGCACAAUGACCAUCUGACACUGGCUAUGGCUCGAUACCUGGAGAAAGCUUUUGGAGGCUGGGUUUGCCCUGGAAAAUCGUAACGCUGAAUUCCUAGGACCCCCUCAUGGCAGGAACACGGAGACAAUCCUUUUCCCAAAAGCUAGCAAUGGGCAUCAGUGCCUGUUUGGAUCAGAACAGUAAUGCUCCCUCCCACACAACCCAAGCUCCUUUUUGGAGCAGCGUGGGCAGGCUAACCCAGCCAGGACCAAGUGCUCAUUCUCCUCCAAUCAGUGGCCAGGUGCUACUGCUCGAGCUCAUGUUUUCAACUGGAAUUUUCUCGUCUUCCGGCAGACGAUGAUGGGAGAGGAGCGAGUGAGUAUCCCCUACCAGCUUCUUUCUGUAGGAACCUCAGAGUUCUCAUAGAUUCUGAAUGGAAGGCUCAUGCCCUUGCUGGGGGAGGUGGUAGCAUGUGCCCAGAUUAGGUGGGCUGCCACUGUGAGAUCACUACUUUUUAUUUUCAGUUAUUUUCUUUCUCUGUUAUGUUUGCCUCUUAAAGACAAAGGAAAGGGACAGGUAGAAGGGGCAGGCUGGACCGUGGGUACUAAAGGGUUAUUUAGGGAAUAAUCUUCCAGCAUGGUGCCUGCUGGAGAGCAAUGUUCAAAACUCCCAUGAAUGUGUAAACUUGCUUGCUGUGCAGCUGGGAUGCUCUGCUUUCUCAUUCCCUGCCUAACUUAACUGUCCACAAACAACAGUCACUGGUUACCUGCAGCCCAGCUGAGCUGAGUCCAAGUGAACAGGUUUUUGUAUUUCCCCCACUAACUGCAGAAGGGAAAGGGGUUGCAUGUGGUGUGUUUCUGCUUUAAAGCAUUUAGCGCCGAAGGCAGGGCGCCCAGCCUGGUAGCACCACCUCCAGUUCUUCAUGCACAGCUGCUCCUUCAGGGGCAAAGGAAGCAUUGGCCUUUGACCUGCACACUGCCAGCCAUGGGUUUGGCUCAGAGUAAACUCUUGCUGUGAGAUACCUGCUCUGCUGGGAUCAGUAUUGCACCAGAAAACGGGAGAAGAUGUUUCUCCUAGAGUCCUAGAUGGCUUCUCCAGCUUUUCCUUUCUUUUCCACUCCAUUGGGACAGUAGAUUGUGACUAAGCUGCCUAAGUCUUUUCCGUCAUCUCCCUUCAGAAAAGUGUAACUGUACUGCUAGGUGUAGAAUUUUGUCCUCCCUUGGCUCUGGGCCCUAAUUUCAUGUGGCCCCCAAGAGGGUGCGCACAAGCACUGUGGGCGACCAGCUGUUUGUUUUGAGCAGUGGUGUAUGUUUAUCAAAUGUAAGUAACUCAGCUGGUAUUAAAGAGAUUGCAUCCUUCCAGUUCAUGGCAUAACUGUGUCCUCAUUGUUGAAAGCUUGCAAUCGUUGCCAUAUGGUUCCAGGUUUUGUGGUUUCACUGGAUGUCACCAACUAAAUGGCUUGCACUGAGUAUGUUCCUGCACAGGAGACUCCAAAGAAAACUGAGGGCGCUGUUCCCCUGAACCACGUCCCAGCAUCGUGGUGGUGUGCUGUAUUUCACAUGAGAUGUCAAUUGAAGCCGUUUCCAGUUGUGGUCGUUAAAGGUCCCAGGGUGUGCAUGCACUCCUGUCGAGGGCUAGCUUAUCCAAAUUCCAGCACGUACAAUCACAUCAGUGUGUGAACUCAGUCCAUGUUUUUCAUUAUGUCUUCUUCCUAACCCUUGUUCUGUUGUGGUGUUUGUGGAGUAUAGUUAUCACCCACCACUCCAGAGGUGGCGGCAUUUCAG